UAUCUCGCUUGACCACUGCGUUACGCAACUGGUUAUUUAGCCCACUUGGCUACUCCUGCGGGGAGACGGCACACAAGCGAUAGAUCUCAGCCAGAUCUGAGCCAUGGAUGCUCCAGCCGCUGCCGCUGAAGGUACCCCUCCUGCCCAGGGGGAUGUCUAGAUGGGCGGACAAGGCGACAGCGUCGGAGGCGUUCAGGGAUCUGGGCAGAUCCAGCCAAGCAACGACGGAAACGCUGGAGCAGCACCGAAUGGCGGUGAGGCUGGCCAGCAAGGCCAAGGUGACGGCAACGUCUCUGGAGACGGCGAUGCGGAGAUGGGGGUGCAGGAGGAGGAGCGUGCUGCUGCCGACACGGCGGUGCACCAGGCCUCCCUCAGUGCCUACGUCAACCAGCAUGCGCCGCAGCAGCAGGCCGGUCAUACGGCUAACAACCUGACCCUGCCGGGCGUGGUGUCGAAGAAAGCAGCGGAGUUGGUGCUGGAGCGUAAGAAGCUCAAGCUUCAUGCUCUCUCUGGCGGCCAAGCUGGCUUUCCCACGUUCGCGUUUGAGGUGCAGGGCAAGUGCUACGCGGCCAAGAUUUCCUACCUGCUCAACAAGAACGGCCGUGACCAGGGGCGAGCCAUCCACGGCACAGUGCAGUACGAGGCUGACAAUGCCCAUCUGCACGCGGCGUUGCUAGAUUCGCUGAUGCCCAACUCUGGGCAGCUGGCCAAUGCCCAGGCGCUGGCUGUCAUCCAGCAAGUGCCGGCGGGCGACGGUGCGGCGGCCUGGGACGCGCUAAUGGAGUCGUUUCAGCCAACGCGUCCUGGCGCCUGGUCGGAUGCCUUCGCGCGGGUGGUGAACUGGCAGUGUGACCUGACGUGGAACUUCGAGACGGCGGUGACGGACUUUAUGCAUGUGGUGCAGCGUGCGAACGAGCUGCGUCAACUGCAAGGAGUGCACCUGAUCGACGACCUAGAGAUGGUCGAGUUCUUCGUCAACAAGCUGCCCGCGUCGUUCGGCCGUGUGCGCGAGGCGGUGGUCAUCGACCCAUCCGCCAAGUACAACUUCGGAACCCUCAGCCGCGUGUGCCGCCAGUGGGCCGAUUUCACCGGGUCGGCUGCACAGUAG